AUGAUCUCUUCUCGUGCCGGCCAAGUUCUUCGGGGGAGUCCUCGGGCAUGGAAAAGUCCAUUCCUUUCUGUUCGGCCUAAUCUGUCUCAACAUCGGAACAUCCAAAGACAUGGGCUCUACUCACAGUCUCUGUCUACCUUCAGUCGACCUCCUAUCUCACUUCAGUCUCUUUUAAGCGAGGUCAACCGCCCGAGUUACUUCCAGGCUGCUCGGAAACCUGUGCGGAUAUCAUUCUUGACCCAGCACAAGAGGUGGAAUGCAUCCAAACCCCCUGGGGAUCAGGAUGGAAGCUCCCCUGAAACCAGACCGAAGAAACUUGGCAUUCUUCCAAAACUAUCUCUGCCCAAGACCCAUGAAAACAUCUACACCAUCCCCAACAUCCUCACCUUCUCCCGACUACUUGCUGCCCCCUUGGUCGGGUAUCUCCUGGUACACAAUUACCAUGCAGCCGCGUUGUCGCUUUUCGCCUAUGCAGGCAUCACCGACCUGGUGGAUGGCUACAUCGCCCGGCGCUACCAGCUACAGACGGUGGUGGGGACCAUCAUUGACCCCAUGGCCGACAAGCUGCUGAUGACGAUCGGGGUGGCAUGUCUCGCGGUGAACGGGUCCCUGCCUGUCUGGCUGGCCGUGAUCAUCCUAGGACGGGAUGUCGGCCUCGCCCUGUCCGCCAUCUAUUACCGCUGGAUUUCACUGCCGCCGCCCAAGACCAUGGCACGGUACUGGGACUUCUCGCUGCCCUCGGCAGAGGUGAAGCCGACUGAGAUCUCAAAGAUCAACACCGCGCUGCAGCUCGUGCUGGUGGGGAGUGCCAUUGCGCUGCCCGUUGUGCCGGAGUCGAUUAUUCACUCCUGGCAUUUGAGCGAGGCCAUGAUUGGAUUCCAAUACCUCGUUGCAGGAACCACCCUCUGGUCCGGCCUAAGCUACGUCUUCUCCAAGGAUGCCGUGAAAAUCCUAACGAAGGAGGAGGUGCAGAAGCGCAUCGCCCAGGCUGCAGCGAAGCGGAAAUCCUGA